CCUAAUUGUUGUGAUAAACUUAUUAAAUAGAUAAUGAUAUUUAUAUUUAUGUAAUUUUGGAGAAGUUUCGUGAUUUGAAGGACUCAAUAUGUCUUUGAUGGGCCUUGCGAAGCAAUACAACAAAGUCAACCAGUACAUGAGUGAAAAAAUAUGGAAUGUGGAAGGCACAAAACACGAAGAGGAGUUCAACGAUAAUGAAAAGCUCACUCAAGCUCUUGCUGGAUUCAUACACGAUGUUCAGGGGAAAACAAUAGAGAUGAUUCAACCCAAUCCAACAAUGCGAGCAAGUGCAACGGUUAAAACUCUGACGAGCAAAGUUCAAGGCAAGCAAACCAAGUCUGGAAAAUAUCAGCAAACAGAACAGGAGUUUGCUGAUGUGCUCGAAUUGUAUUCCAAGGAAUUGGAGCCCCAUCCAGGAAAUCUUGCGACCACUUUAAGGAAUCUGGCUGAAGGCUACGCUCAGAUGGCAGAGAUUAAAGAUAAUUUGGAUACAGGGGUGCAACAAACUUUCCUGGAACCGCUGGCCUGUCUGGAAAACAAGGAAAUCAAGUCUAUUCUUGCUAAUCUGAAGAAGUUGGAGUCUCGGCGUCUGGACUAUGACUGCAAGAAGAGGCAGCGAGAGAAGGGCAAGCAGAUCAGUGAGGCUGAGAUGAGCAUAUCGGAGGACAAGUUCAACGAGAGUAAGCAGUCUUGCGACGCCGCCAUGCGCUCCCUCAUCAACUCAGAUGUUGAGGUGUUGGCCACUCUGAAGUCGCUGGUGGACCUGCAGAUAGACUAUUUCAGCAGCUCCCUAACCCAACUGCGCAAGAUACAGACCACUUUGCAGUCCAGUAUUGACGAGGCAAAGAUACAAUCGGCCAACAGACCUAAGGUGAGUUCGGGAUCUCUCUCGGGAGGAACCACUCCUCCCACUGCAGCACCACGCAAAGCAGCCUCCGUCGCCUCAACCCCCUCGGCUGAAGUGCCGUUUGGGGGUGGACCUCCCAGUUUCACCAACGGGGGCGGGUCUUCCGCUGGAGACUUCGGGUUCGGAACAAACAACAGUUCUAGUUCCGGCUUCAAACUCCAGCCACCGACUUCCCUAGCAAACAGCAGCAGUCUCUCAACAUCCAGUCACAAUCUACCGCCUUAUUCCUUGCCACCAGCUCCUAGUGACUUGAACCAAUUCGGCACGAGCUCUAACCUCACUCCUCGCAAUCCAGACCUUGCAAGCAGCAGUUCUAUGCUUAAUGGUGCCCGCAACGGACCCCACGCUCCCGUCUCCCAAGACCCAUGGGAGCUACCAUCCAAUUCCACACCCACUCCUGCACAAUCAGCAGACCAUUGGUCAGCUUCCGGCAUCGGACAGAACUCAUCCGGGGCUGCUGGGGCUCAUUUUGGAUCGGACUUCGGGGGGUCGUCCAACCCGUCAUCGGGAAGUUCAUUGUAUCCAUCGCUCAAUCCUCCUCAACCAGUGAAGCCUCCCCCCGUGGCUCCCAGGCCAGCUAAUUUGGGACCUGCUCCUAGUUUACCCUCUGUCCCUCGCAGGCCCCACUGCAUAGCGACUUUUGACUUCGAUGCAGAGUCACCAGAGGAACUGGGUUUCAAGGAAGGUCAGAAGAUCAUGCUCACGCGCAAGGUUGACGACAACUGGUUGGAGGGACGUCUGGACGGGAACCCGAGAGUGGGCAGGUUCCCAGUCAGCUUCGUCCAAGUGGUAGUCCCACUAUGAACUAGAACGAGAUCGUCGUGAUGAGGUUGUUAGUGUAGUAGUGCUUCGAACAGGUGUUAUAGCAAACAGUUCAAAAUUUUAUGCACGCCUUUCAUUGAUUUGAUUACUUGGACACGCCUUGGAAUGGAGCUUCUUGCUGAUUCACAGGUUACUUAUUUUGCAACGACUCUGAGCAAGUUCUGUCUUCGCUAACGCUGUUGGAUUGCACUCACGCAACUGAAACAGAAUAGCAAAGCUAAUAUUGCUGUCGUUGAAAUUAGUUUUUCAGUAACUUAAACUGGUCAUUUCAGUCUUCAGUAAAAAACUGAAACCAAUGGUACAAUUAUUCUAAUACAUAUUUAUUGCUUUCUAUGAUUUAUUUGAUCGCUCAGUUACGUUUUUUGCACUACUGCUGAAUUCAAAUAGAAUGUUUAGAAGACUUGCUAGUUUGUCAAUCUGAUUUGGUUCAAAGUUGCCUCCGAAACAUGUCUCUCAGUAUAAUGCAAUGAAUGACCUCAGCUGUAUAUGUAAUAUGGUGCAUUAAGUAGGUACUUAUGGUUCUCAUAUUUCAUUUCAUUUCUGAUCAAGUGCUCCUAUUUAGAACGCUCUUAUUCUCUGUGGGUAACUUUCGUAAAAUAAUAGUCUCCUUUAAUUCAGUACUACCCUGAAAUCCGAGGUGUCCCUAUUUACAUAUUUGAUAUUCAUGCAGUGACCUUGGUUUUAUUUGCAUUUGGUAGCAUUAUGUUGUGUAUAGGCAAAUAGUGUCAGCUAGUCUAGCCCUUAGAGUCCUAUAUUCAAUCAAACACUUCAAUAUAUUUAUCUUCAAUAUAUUUAUUUUGAUGCUCUGAAAUUUCUAAUCUCAAUGUGCAGUCGUUUCAGUGGGCUUCAUCAUGAAAAAAACUACGGAGAGUUGGAGAGUGGCUUAAAAAAGAAAAGUCAAAACCAUCGUUUUCGAUAUAAUGAAACCAUUUUAAACAUGCUAGUGAGAAAAGUUAUGUUCUAAGUCAAAAUAUUUCAAUUUCAAUUUUGGCGUCUCUAAAAGCUUAGAAUUUUCGCAAAAAAUGAGUUUUUGAAAAGUAUAUUCGGGUUCCUAUGUCUGAAUUGAAGUAUUCCGUAAAGGAACUGGUGGAUGAUGAAAUCAAUGGUGAAAUUCUCAAGCCAAAAGGACCGAGUACCCGAAAGUUAUUUUAGCCAAUCAUAAUUCAGUAUUGAAAAUCUGAAAUCAUUAAGCCAUAAAAUCAGUCACUUGUGGACAGUUAAAAAGAAGGUGAACCUUUUCGCGCAUUGGGCCCAUCCAUAAUGAAAAUAACAGUCUCCUUGGUGCACUUUCAUUUGAAUUGCUUUACUGCCAAUGCAACUAUUGCUGUAGUUUGAGCUACACAAAUAUCUCUAGUUUUUUUGUUAGUCAGUAAUGAUGUUAUGUAUUAAUAUUCUGUAUAUCUUAUACACGCUUGAUGCGUAAAUUUGUCACUGCAACAAUCAAGAAUGCAAAUUUAAUUAUAGAAAUUCAAUUUUAGAUUUUGUA